AGUGAUUAUCUCUUACAGUCAUCUCUGAAGACAUUUAAUGUAGAUGGUAAAAGGGAAAGACAAAGUGUAGCAUAUCGAGACUUUACGAUUUGACACCAUGACCUGUCUGCCGACCGUACAUGUCUGCAUAUUGCUGGCUCAAGCACGCCUAAUCUUGGCAAACAUCAGCCACGAUACGAGCACAGGGAUACCAGGCAAGAAACAAGGCAACGUUACAUUGGGUGGCCUGUUUUUUCUUCACUACAAAGGAAUCAACAAUGAAGAAUGUGGAGAUUUCAACGUCCCUGGAUUAGGGCAUGCACAGGCAAUGAUCUAUGCCAUCGAGAAGAUUAAUAAUCACUCUAACUUACUUCCAAAUAUAUCACUUGGUUACGAAAUUCACGACUAUUGCGAGAGUGCAUCGCUUGCCAUGAAAGCUACCUACCAUUUUGUCCAAGGCACGGACUCGCAUUUCGCAUGCUCACACGAGUCUACACCGCUGACACUAAAAAACAACGACACAGUCGAGCAACCUAGUCCUAUUGUCUCUCUGAUUGGGCCCGCAGAUUCCGGCAGCUCAGUACUUGUGGGAAGCUUGCUUAAAGUUGCUGGUAUUCCAGCGAUCAGUUACGCCGCUACCAGUGAAGAGUUAAGUUCUCCAUUUUACAAGCACUUUUAUCGCACCGUGCCUUCGGACAAGCAACAGGCUAGCGCAAUGGCCGAUCUUUUUGAGUUUUUUCAUUGGAGUUACGUGGGUGCUGUUGUUGUCGAUGAUUCGUACGGAAGAUACGGAGUCUGGGCGUUGGAAAAGGAAUCAUUCACCAGAAAAUCGUUUUGCAUCGCUCUUUCCGAAUACAUCCCACGUUUAAACUACAUGAGCAAGAUUGAAAUUGUAGUUUCCAAGUUAAAACGACAUACCAAUGUCAAAGUGAUUGUUCUUUGGUUGUUCGGUGGCUAUGGAAGAGGGUUUCUUAAAGAAGCAGAAAAACAGAACUUGUUAGAUCGUACCUGGAUUUUGAGCGAUGCACUCGCAGCCGAACAACCAGAGACGCAUAUUCAGUCACUAUUUAACGUCCUUGAUGGAGCUCUUGGCAUACAACCACUUUAUCACCACAGUAAAGAAUUUGAAACGUAUUUAACGGAGCUUACUCCGGAGACCAUAAUGGAUAAACGGAUUACUUACUGGUGGGAUAAACUUUGGAUGUCAGAAUUCAAUUGCUCCGUGUUGAAUACCAAGAACUUCCUUAGGUGCGACCACAAUGUCACUCUGUCUUCAAACGUUGUUCAAAAGUUGUACGACGCGUUCCUCCCUUACGUCAUCGAAGCGGUUUACGCCGUGGCGCAUGCUCUUCACAACAUGUACUUCUGCACAGAACCUCAUGGUCUGCUUCCAGGGGGGAGAUGUCCUGAUACGCACCCCUCCGUACAUCCACUAGAUGUUGACUUGUACUUAAGAAAUGUUUCGUUUGAGGGACUAAUGGGAAAGGUUCAAUUUGACGAGUCAGGGAACCCUCUGACUUCUUCAUAUGGAGUGAUAAACUUUCAAAGACGUCAUGAAAAAGGCGUUACUAAAGAUUUUAAACAAAUUGUAGGAUCAUGGAACAAGGCUUCUAAAGAAAGGCUACUCAUCGCGGUGGAUAAGAUAAAAUGGAGAGGAUCUUUUUCCAAUUCCAGUAUUCCCAAUUCAGCUUGUUCGUUAACAUGUCCUCCUGGGACAUCACAAUCAGUCACAACUGCCUGCUGCUGGGAAUGUACCGAGUGUCCUCUGGGCUCUGUCAAUCCAUACCCUGGGUCUCGGAAUUGUUCUGAAUGCCCUAAAGGUCAGAGGUCAAAUAACGAACGUACGGAAUGCGAAAACUUGCCAAUUGUCAACGUCAAACUUACGGACACCACAGGUUAUCUUACAACCGGUUUCACAUCAUUAGGGGUGUUACUCACAAUAUUCUCUUGCCUUGUGCUGAUAAAAUAUCGAGACACACCGCUCGUCAAGGCCUCAAGCCGUGAGCUCAGCGCCAUUUUGCUGAUGUCCAUCGCUAUGUUUUUUGCGCAGCCAUUUCUGAGUUUGAGGCAACCAACCACUUUAGUCUGUCGUUUGGCGUACUCUUUCAACUACUCCGCACAAGGAACUUGCGUCGCAACGCUAAUGAUCAAAACCUUGCGCAUAUUAAGUGCAUUCCACGCCAAUCUCACCGAAAAGCGAGCCAAACAGUGCAUCCUAACGACGAAAAUGCAAGCCACCUUAGUAAUUUUGUUGAAUUCUGCUGUAUUUGGUCUUUUGACCGUCUGGUUUCUUCUCGACGCUCCUUACAUGGCCAGUGUCACACAACAAGGUGAAUUCAUAUUCUUCACCUGUCGUCCGCAUCGCUCCAAUCUGGGUUUCGGCCUGCAUGUAGCAAUAAAUGGCUACCUUGUGUUGCUCUCUCUUAUUUGUACUUUCCAUGCAUUUAAAGCGAGAAAAUUACCUGAAAACUUCAACGAAGCGAGAUAUAUCGGUUUUGCAAUGUAUAUUCUUCUGUUAUCCAGCAUAGCUUAUUUCCCAGUGGAUUUUGUGGGCCUAGAGAAUAGGAGCGUAACCAUUGUGACAUGCGUCACAACACUUGUGAGUUCCUACGGCUUGCUGGGAUGUAUGUUCGCUCCCAAGCUGUACGUCAUACUAUUUCAUCCUGAACAGAACACAACAGCGGCGGUGAAGGAUCAGGUGUCCAAUUACACUUUCAGAAACUCGUGGCCCUCGGCACUAACAAGUCAGUCAAACUGAAACUUGGCAAACGUACAGUAUAUAUAUAACAAGAUGAACCGCAAUGAAACAAGCAUGAUAAGACAUGGGUUACCAAAAUCACUAAUCUGAAACCCAGACCUCUCCCAGCCAGAGUGAGGUCUGGGUAGCAGAUUACCGAAACGCUACCUAGGCCGAGGAUGAUAAUAACUCCUGCAACCAGUUUUACUUCGUUUCAAUUUGCUGGGGCAAUAUUUUUUGUUUUCGGAAAGCAUCGUUUUCAAAAUGUUUUUCGUCCACACUACGUAUUUUCCGGCUGUCGCUUGUUCUUUCGGCGGAGACAAACGACAGCCAGAAAUACGUCUGUGUUAACAGGCUACACUAAAACGGAAAGUAAGCUUUUUCAAAUUUUUCCGGCUUGAAGAGCGUUCUUGAAAAGCUUCGUUUU